CCCCCUUCUGUUUAUACAUAAUGUUUGGUCUCGUCCCGCUUCUAUUUACUGCCCUCGCCAGCGCAUACCCCAACCGGGGUGCUUGCACAGGCAACUGCUGGGCCCAUGACCCUGCCAUGAUCCAGCGUGUGUCUGAUGGGAAAUAUUACCGCUUUUCGACGGGCACCGGUGUUAGCACUCAUAGCUCGCCGUCAGUGAAGGGUCCAUGGACAGACCUUGGUUCGGCGUUGCCAAAUGGGUCUAAGAUUACCCUCGAUAACGUGGACAGCACGAAUAUCUGGGCCCCUGAUGUGCACUACCAGAACGACCAGUACUAUAUGUACUACGUCCUAUCACAGAUCGGCACUCAGAACUCACAGAUCGGUGUAGCAACAUCCAAGACCAUGGAACCUGGCAGCUGGACAGACCACGGUUCUGUUGGUCUCCCUGCAAACGACAACUACAACCGUAUCGAUCCCGCCUGGAUCACCAUCGGCGGCAAGAACUAUAUGAACUUUGGUUCUUUCUGGGGCGAUAUCUUCCAGGUCGAGAUGGAGACUCCUCUGCAAGUUGGCAGCGCAACUCCCUACCAAAUCUCCUGGAAUGCUACCCUCAACCACCGCGAAGAGGGUUCAUACGAGUUCAAGCACGGCGAUUACUACUAUCUCCUCUACUCCGCUGGUAUUGCGGGCAAGUACACAAAGACAUUCCCAGCUGAGGGUGCUGAGUACCACAUUCGUGUUUGCCGAUCCUCCACCGGUCUUGGUGACUUUGUUGAUGCCGAUGGAAAAUCCUGCAAGGAGACCGGCGGCACCAUGCUCCUCUCCAGCCACGGCCAGGUGUUCGGACCCGGUGGCCCUGGUGUGGUCAAUGACAAGGACCUCGGUGUGGUCAUGUACUACCACUACUACCCUCUUGCCACCAAGCAGAGCACCACCGUAUCCGACAACGCGAACUACAGGUACGCGUGGAACGUUCUCGGCUGGGAGAACGGCUGGCCUUUCGUCAAGGCCACUUAAUGCACAUACUUCUCGUCGCGGGCCCGCGACACCGAUACAUAUUUCUUU